AUGGAUACGUUAUUGUUAGUUGAUCAACAAUCAAGAAUGAGCUCUGAAAAGAAGGCCGAAAUGGACGCAUCUGAGUUGUUGUCUUCGUUGUCAAUAAAAGGCAACGAGACUACUACUCCAGAAGCACCUGCUGAGGAUACUGCUCUAGAGGCACCAGCAAAAGAAGCUGUAGAAGAUACCAAAGUCGAUGAGAAGAUUGAUACAGAAACGGUCGAUGGAAAGGACAAGAAAGAUGUAGUCGAAGAGGAAAAGAAAGCAUCAGAACCAAAACCAACUGAGGAUGGGGAGGAAAAGAAACAAGCUGCUAAUACCAAUUUAAUAUCAUCGACAUAUGAAGUUAAAGUCAAGUUGGCUGAUUUGCAAGCAGACCCUGAUUCCCCUUUAUACUCAGUUAAAUCAUUUGAAGAAUUGGGAUUGUCAAAUGAAUUAUUGAAGGGCUUAUAUGCUAUGAAAUUCAAUAAACCUUCUAAGAUUCAAGAAAAAGCCUUGCCAUUAUUGAUUUCAAACCCUCCCAAGAAUAUGAUUGGUCAAUCUCAAUCAGGUACAGGUAAAACUGCCGCCUUCUCCUUGACUAUGUUAACUCGUGUGGAUCCUUCAAUUAAGAAAACCCAAUGUCUCUGUUUAUCACCAACUAGAGAGUUGGCCAGACAAACGUUAGAGGUUAUCACAACCAUGGGUAAAUUUACUGACAUCACCACACAAUUACUUGUUCCAGAUGCAUUUGAAAAGAAUACUCGCAUAAAUGCCCAAGUAGUUGUUGGUACACCCGGUGUCAUGAUGGAUUUGCUUAAAAGAAGAUUUUUGGAUUUGAGUGCAUUAAAAGUUUAUGUAUUGGAUGAGGCUGAUAACAUGUUAGAUGCUUCCGGAUUAUCUGAUCAAUGUAUCAGAAUUAAAAAACAAAUCCCCAAGACUGCCCAAUUGGUAUUAUUUUCUGCAACUUUCCCAGUUCAUGUUCGUCAAUACGCGGAAAAGGUUGUACCUAAUGCCAAUAGUUUAGAAUUACGACAAGAAGAAUUGAAUGUCGCUGCUAUCAAACAAUUGUACAUGGAUUGUGAUAGUGAAGCACAUAAGUUUGAGGUUUUAUGUGGAUUAUAUGAGUUAUUGACAAUUGGAUCAUCCAUUAUUUUCGUUGAACGUAAAACCACUGCCAAUCUUUUGUAUGGUAAGAUGACUAAAGAAGGCCAUAAAUGUUCUGUAUUACAUGGUGAUUUGACUUCUCAAGAUAGAGAUCGGUUAAUUGAUGACUUUAGAGAGGGGAGAUCAAAGGUUUUAAUCACAACGAACGUUUUGGCCAGAGGUAUUGAUAUUGCCUCAGUUUCUAUGGUUGUCAACUACGAUUUGCCUACAACUCCUAACGGUAAAGCAGACCCUUCGACUUACUUGCAUAGAAUUGGAAGAACAGGUAGAUUUGGUAGAACAGGUGUUUCGAUCUCUUUUAUUCAUGACAGAAAAUCUUAUGACAUUUUGAUGGAUAUCAUCAAAUACUUUGGUACAGGUGUUGAAAUUACUAGAGUUCCCACCAAUGAUUGGGAUGAAAUUGAGAGAAUAGUCAAGAGUGUUAUUAAGGGGAAAUGA